GUACAAGGACAUCAACCUGGUCAAAGGACAUGACCAAUUAAACUCAUAAACCUAAAACGAGCAUGGAAUUUCAAUCCCCCUACCGAAAUGUGUAAAUCUAGAACAUCCCAACAACGAAUGCAACAAAUUCGGUCGAUACAAAUGCCCCCUAGAAGAAUGAAGAACAACGGACUUCCUCCACCACCAUUACCACCAAAGCUUCCCCACAAAAAGGAGAAUCAUUAACCACAAAAACAAUGAAUGUUGUGAAUUCGUCUGAUUCGAAUCCUCCCACGAAGAAGAUGGAAGAACUACAACAACAACAUCCAUCCAAAACUUCCUCACCAAAGGAAGCAUCAUCAAGAAGAUUGGAUAACUUCUACAGCUGCAUCAGAUGACCCGGGUUCAAGAAGAGUUGAAGGGAUUGAAUAUUCCAAAGCAUGCAUAAUUUGCAGCGACAUCAUUCCAACAAAGACUACUCCAUCAUAUCGAUCAGCCACAACCAUGCUCUAAAUAUCCUAACUAAGUUUGACCUUAAUGUCUCAUCAUUCAUGGAUGAUUCAUAGGUCUUAUAAGUAACUAAAGUUUAACGAUGCAUCCUUUCUAUCUACCAUAUCAUAUCAUAUCAAUCCUCCCACGAAGAAGAUGGAAGAACUACAUCAACAACCACAACCGCAACCACAACAACAACAACCACAACUGCUGUGAAUUCUUCAGACUCGAAUUCUUCUACCCUAACAACAGAAAAACCCAAUGCUCCUCCUCAACAGAAGAAGAUUGAGGAACAACAACAACAACAACCUUCUAAGGAUGUUGCUGAAACGGAGACAAAUCAAGCACAACCUCAACAGCAAAAACAAAGUGAAAUGAAGGUAAAUGCUGCAAAUUCUCCUUCAAAACAAGUGAAGGAACAACAGGAACCGCCAUUGCAGCUAAUUAUCAAGCUAAACACAAAGAAGAUAGUACUAACCGAAAAAAGUUGCGGUGGAGGAGGUAGGCCAGCGGUCUUCGUUUGCUAUCGAUGGGAAGAGGGCUGUGCAGGGUCUUCGUUUGCUAUCGAUGGGAAGAGGGGGUUCUGUGCAGAGUCGUCGUUUGCUAUCGAUGGGAAGAGGGUCUUCGUUUGCAAUCGACGAAGAGAUGCUCGCUCUCGUCGUCCCUUGCUCGCCGUCUUCACUGUGGUCGUCGGAAUCCGGCUCGCCGCCUUCACUGUCGUCGUCGGAAUCUGGAAUCCGAAUCGCUGCAAUCGACAAGCUUCUUCUACUCGUCGUCACCCACUGCUCGCCGUCUUCACUCGUCGUCACCCAAUGCUCGCCGUCUUCACUGUCGCCGUCUUCACUGCUCGCUAGCUGCGUGGAGAGGAUCGAAGGAAGGAAGGAAGGGUUUCGCCGGUGAGAAAGAGGUGAGAAAGAGGAUCGAAGGAAGAAGGAUUGUAAUUGGUUUCAGACAACCGGUUGUACCGGUUACAACCCACAAAUAAAAUAAUAAAAUAAUAAUUUAAAU